UCAAAAUUAUUUCUUUUUUAAUCAAACUACUUUAAAGCUCAUCGAUACACCAACAUAUGAACAGUCUAUUUAAUAUUUGUAAUGAUAGAGGUCCCAUAUAUGAGUUCAAUUUGUCAUAUUACUUUUGAAUAUUUUUUCAAUACAACAUUUUAUUUAGCAUGAGUAACAAAACACCCUUAAUAACUCUCUUAAGCGACAAUUUCUUUUUUCCUAUAAUUUUUUAUUUAUUAUUUUUUGCAAGCUAUGGGCGCAGGUUUGCCUUCUGGACAGACGAGGCAAAAUGCUUAUUAGUGGCAAAAACUCAACCUCUGUAUAGGCUAAAAAGAAGCAGAAGCACCACACAAGAUGUCCCACAGCACGUCCAAUCAGUCCAAGAUCGGACAAGAACUGAAGAAGCACUGGUGGACUGCAUUGUGACUUCAAAGGGAACAGAGCAGCAUUUAGUGGAUGUUCUCAAUGGGAAACCAUCAAAGUGGUUCCCCCUAAAGCCACGUGUGCCAGUCUACAUGGACAGUGAGCAGCAGUGUGCCAUUCUUUUUGAACACCUCAAAGCUCUGCUACACAAUUGUAAAACUCAACUGAACUUCACAAAUGAAGUGGAGUUCAUUUGUAGUUUUCUUUUUCCUGAGGCCAUCAUUCAUGGCCUAUGUGAGCUGCAGGCAUUAUCCUGGCAGGAGGCUGAGGAGGUGUUCCUUCGUGGCCCUACUUAUCACCCUAGUGAAGUUGAGGAAUUUGACCGGGUGAUUGCAAAAAGAAUGAGAAAAGAAGCAACAUUUGCCUACCAGAAAGUAAUUAUUUUACCUUAUGCAUUUACAUUACAUUUUACAUUUAUUCAUUUAGCAGACGCUUUUAUCCAAAGCGACUUAUAAAUGAGGAGGUUUUUUGAAUGCAAUUGAAGACGAAAAUAAAGUCACUAACACAAUUCUUUCUUCCUUUUUUCUUUGCUUUCUCCUGUUUACAGCAAGAUGACAGUGAUUAAGGCGAUCGUUAAAUAAAGUACAGAAUUGUUUAUUA